UGAAGCAAUUCUGAACCCCCAUGAAAGCAAAGCAAGUCUGAACCCCCAUAAAAGCAAAGCAAGUCUGAACCCUCAUGAAAGUGAAGCAAGUCUAAACCCCUGUGAAAGCGAAACAAGUCUGAACCUCUAUAAAAGUGAAGCAAAUUUGAAUGCCUGUGAAAGUGAUGCAAAUCUGAAUUCCUGUGAAAGUAAAGAAAAUCUGAAUCCUUGUGAAAGUGAAGCAAAUCUAAAUUCCUGUGAAAGUGAAGCAAAUAAGAACCCUCCUGAAAGCAAAA